AUGUCAGUUAAGCUUCCUAAGAGGCUGAGCAGCAAGAAGAAAAAAUCACCAAAGGACAAUGCCCAGGCAGAGCUUCUACAGAAGCUGGGCCUGGAGGCCUUCAGGACUGCACCACUCGACCCAGCAUCUAUGCUAGACAUCAGCACUUGGACUCUGGAGAACCAAGCUCCUCUAGAGCCCAAAGAAUUGCCAAAUGCUUUCCUCCAGCACCUUUGGCUGCUUAGCCAAGAUGCCCGGAGUCCUUGUUUAAAAUCUGAUCUUCUGAACAAUAGCAACAAAUCACCCGAGGAGAUAAUCAAUUGUUUUGGAGAAGAAAGCCAAUAUGCCAUCAACCCCCUUGAUCUAAUUACAGCGGUCUUCAUGUCUGCCAACACCUUCCUUCAGCAGGAGAUGGUUAUGCGCAUGGUGCAAUGCCAGUUUGCUGUGCCCCUGGUCCUGCCAAGCAUUGAUCCAGAAGAACCUAGUCGCUUCCUUCUUUGGCCUUUAAGAGGUGUUGUGAGCCAAUGGAAGACUCCCUUUCUGGAUAAAAACAGGAAAGUCCAAGAGGGGGAUUUGGCCAGUACAUACAUGCCAUUGGUUUCUUGUGUGAAGCUUGGUCACUGUGGUGUCUCCAAGUCACAGGUGCUCAACCACAUUACAAGUGGACUCAAAUCUUGCAAUCAAACAUUUCUCCACAGGGGGAUGGUUGGAGGACAGCUACCCCGGAGACUCUCCAAUGGCCUGGUAGAGGUUGGAUGGUAUCCACCCACUGGAGACACUGCCAGAGAUAAUUUCCCUGUCCCUGUCGUCAUGUCUAACCUACGUGGUGAUGCCAGCACACAUGAGAAAUGCCUCAGCCUUCUAUGUCAAGCUUCAUCGGCUUUGAUUGUUUUCUGUGGGAAUCUCGGGGAGAAAGACAAACAAGUUCUUGCUUCCUGCAAAGAUAUGGCAAGCAAGGUCAUACUGAUUGAUGUUUCAGACACUGAGAAAAAUAAGAACAAUGUUCUGGGGUUUGUUGGUCUGAGCCUUGAAGAAGGCAUGGGGUUACCCAAAGGGUCAGUGCUGCAAGGGAAAGCUUUAAAUGAAGAGGAACUGGCUAAUAUGCUGUUUAACACCCUAAAAGAUCUGUUACCAGAUCUUAGACUUGUUACACUGGAGGUAGCAGCAAAAUUAGCAGUGGAGCUAGGUCUUAAUGUGGAUGAAGGGGCAGUCUGUAAAAAGGCAAUGGUCACAGCGGAAGAAGUAUUGAAAGGUUUAGAUGAGGGGUCUGCUCAAUUUAGGGAGAGACAGCUUCCUUUGCAGGGGCCUCUGUGGAGCAGACUUGCUGACAUAGAAAAGAAGGAGAGUAAACAGAGAAAAGAGGGAAAAGAAAUCAACCCCCAACUACAAAAAGAAAAGAAAGACAUCUUGGUCGAGUUGAGCAGCUACAAAAUGACCCCAGCAAUGAAGAUUUUUACUGAUGCGCUUUUCACAACAGAUAGAAUGGAGAGGACUUAUUUCCUAAGUUGGAUGAAGAUGAGGCUUCAGCAGAAGCAAACUGAAAACCAAAACAGUCCACAAGAUCUAUUCACAAAUCUGCAGACAGAAAAGAAAGAUGGCAUGCCUGAACAUUCUGAUGACUGCAAAAAUGGAGCCAAUGACAACCUAGAGGACAGUGACAGUUUUUGCACAGAUUCAACUUUUGAAGAAGAGAAAAAUGAAGGGCAGCCUGAAAAUGGUGAACUGCAAGUUUUUGACCAACAGUUUGAAAAUGAGCAAGAAUUGGAGCAUAUUUUGCACAACUGCCAAGAGAAACAGCAAGAUGAACCAGAACUGACACUAGCAACGUCAGAUUCGACUUCUCCUUUCAAACAAAAAACGUGCAAAGAUGUUUUUCCACCUCAGAUAGACUGGUGUUCUCAGCCUUUUGAACCUGAUCCAUCCUCGCUGGGGCUUGAGCACUUUUUGCGUGAGAUGGGCCUAAUUUUUGAGCUAACACACAUCAACCCCGGAAGUGGGAGCCACAAUGUUUUGCGCCUUCCCAGCUUAGCUGCAGACCUUCUUCUCUAUGGGAUUCCACUUGAACUAAUGGAUGGAGAUGCCUCAAACAUUCCCAUCCACUGGCUGGGCUGUGUCUUUGCAGAGCUCAGACGCCGCCUACCUGAAGAACAAUGCAGGACCCGAGUGCUGACAAGCCUUGGAGUACAUCAUGCAAGGAACGCUGAGGUUCUGUCAGCAUUAUUUGGGGUAAAAUUCCCUGUAGAAAGGAAAAGAUCCACUAAAGGGGUAUACAUGGUUGCCCUCUGUCUCCCAGAUAACCUUAGAAAGGAAAUGGAGUAUGAUUUUCUGUUUUUAAUUGAUGUAGAGGGUCUCUGCUCAAUCUCCCAAGACAACAAAAGAAAUGCCCAGAUUCAUGACAAUGAGAUGGCCACUGUUGCAACAGGAUUGAGCGAUGUUUUAAUGCAAAAUAUCUCGUCAAAUGCAAGUUAUGAGUUUGAAACAGACUUCCCUGUCAUAGUCAAUGCACUGCUACGCAUCAAAGAACACGGCUCCAUGCCCAAUUGCCAACUCUUGGUCCAGGACGAAGGAAUAAACAGCUUAUUACAGGCCUCACAGUUAAGACGUGUUUCUGAAACGCUUCAGACUGAGACUGGGUACAGAGGAACUAACAAUUGUGAUAAGCAAUAUACAAAGACCACAGGCAGUAUGACCUGUGUCAAAGGACCUUGGUCCAAUAUGUCCCUCUCUGAACCAGUUGAUACACAGUAUACUAAGGCUAUUUUAAAGCUUAAGAAAAACCUGUUUGAGGCGUUGAAGAAAUGUGCAGCUAAGUCUGAAGCCACAGGUCUGCCAGAAUUUAUGAUCCGUUUGUGUGCUGUUUGGGAUGCAGUGAAAGCAGAAUCAUUCUCCAUUGGUCUUCAAAAUACUGACAUGGCUUUAGCAUUCUCUUUAUUGUGCACAGAGCUUUCCCAGUUGGAGGACAGUUUCUUGGAGCACAUGGAAAGCUGGCUAAUGGGGGCAACACAGAAAAUCUUUUCCACAAACGCCAACGAUUUAGAUGCUGCAAAACAAAAUGGCCUUUUGAGUGAGUUGAAGGAUGAAGCCAGAGAAGAGGUCAAAACAGAGGUGGACAAACUCAGGUCCAACGUAGAGGCCUAUUUGAUGAAAGAAGACCUUUUCAAAGUGAGCACUGAAAGAUUCAGGCAAAUUCUAAUGAGCAAUAUCAGUUACCGCCAGGAGCGAGUAACUGAAGAGAUAAUACAAAGGUUGGAGACAGUCAAAGAGAGACAUUGUUGUUCCACACAGCUGAAAAAAUUUGAGACCUUACUAGAAAAAGAACAAGAGUCCACGCUACAUGCACUAGUAGAGAACAGCAAGUCCACUAAAGGUCUCCUUCAGGAUGCAAAACUAGAGGAGGAGUUUGAGAGUGUGUGGAGUAUGACGUUGUCCAACUUUGACUUCAGGCAUUCAGAGACAGAUGAUAUAACUGUAAGAGUGACAGAUAUUCUGAGACGCAAUCUAAUCAGCCGUGGUCUACAGAAACACAUGGAAAAAAUUGAAGUCAUCGGCCAAAACCAGACAUCUAGCUUCCAAGUUUAUGAUGAGCACUUUGGAUACCGCAGCAGAUUAAAGCACAUGUUUGAGGACAACAACAGACUACAGAGGCUAGAAGCUCAACAGAUAGCAUGCAGUGUGAUGGAAGAAUACAAUCAGUUUGUAGCGGAUAAAUCUAUCUUACCAGCAGAUUUCUCUGACAGCUACAUUACAGAAAUGUUAGAAAAUGUUGAAAAAGCUUUGAAGGAAAAACCUAUGGAAAUCAGAUCAGCUUUUGAAGUGGAUCUGAAAGUGUAUCUCUGUAGCUCUGCAUGCCAAGACUUCCAAAAACUACAUGACCGCUAUGCCAAGGACAGAGAGCUUUUGACUUGUAUCACUGCAAACAGGAGUAUGUACUUGGCAGAGUUUAUGUACCAGUUCAGGAAGAGAGACCAAUGUCAGAGGGUGGCCCAAGCUUUCACUUCCAUGGUUAUCAAACCUACAGUGUUGGACUAUAUCUAUAGACCGCUGGGGAUGCGUAUCAUAGAAGAGAUCCGAGCAAAAGAACAGCAGUAUCAGUCCCCACAUGUCUUUAACCAGAGCUUGCUGGAAGAGCUGAUAAAGGAAGACCACUUUGAAAGCUUCCUGGAGUACUUGCUUUCCUAUGACAACUUCAGACUAAGGAAGAUCCAGGAAACGGUGGUGGCUCACCUCUAUGAAUCAACCAACUUGGAUAAAUGGAGGCACCAGGGACUUGGAGAAAUUGUAGGAAAGAUUGCAGCAGCAGUGAGCCAAACAGUAGAAGGUACAAAUGGAGUCCUGAGCGAUACAAAGCCGCUGCUGGAAAAAGUGUGCCUCACAUUAGAGAGAGAUGGAGUUUUGGAUGUCAGCAGGGCCUCUCUGGAUGGACCACUCUUCAGUAUCACCACAGAAUGGGAUCGCUUUGUCACAUGUUUAAUGGAGUUGCUGGCUGCAAUGCGGUUGGACUUUGCCCAGGAGUUCUCCCAAAAUGUGGAUAUCCCCCAACUUCUUAACUGCCUUCCAAUUCAGCCCCAACACUCCCUAUUCAACAGAGUGAGAGGCUGUGACAAGCAAUGUCCUCUCUGCAGAGCCCCCUGUGAGGUGGAGGAAAUGGGGCAUGAGGUUCACAGGACUCUGCUCCACAGGCCUAAAGGCAUGCUGCCUUAUGACAUAUGUUCUGUGUCCUGUAGCAGUUGCCCUGAAAGCAUGAUCCAGGGUAACCCAGGCAUGAAUAAGGAAACACAGAAUACAUGUGUGGCAGGCAGGGACCUCCAUUCCAUCCACUCAGGCUGGAACAUCUCCCCUGAGGACCCAAGCAGCCACACACCCAGUGCUUACUGGAGGUAUGUGUUGGUGAGGUUCAAUGACAAGUUUGCAAAGGAAUAUGAGAAGAAGCCAGCAAAAAUUCCUGAGGAGUGGAAGGAUAUCACUGAGGAAGACGCUUUAUGUAGUCUGAAGGAAGCUUUCCUCAUUAGACAGUGCUGAUAUAAGGACUGUCCUGUGC